GGCAAUGAGUGAAGACUGUUUUACGGCAGGCAUGUGUAUGCAGGGAGCUUGUAGUUAGCGGAAUAGCUGUCUACUUAAACUGUGAGAGCGCCUUUUCAACUUUGAAAUAAAAUUAUAAGAAAGCUGAGACUUGUAUCCUGGACAAAUGGACGUCGGAGAGCUCCUGAACUAUCAGCCUGAUAGGGGAGCAAAGCGUCCCAGGGGCGAAGAGGAUGGAGGAGCAGGAGGAGAUGAAGACUCCAGAGGAGGGAAGCAGCUGAAAGGGAUGAGUGCUAGAGAGCUGGCCAGAUACAGGGAGGUGGCAGGAGCAGAAGGAGGUGCUGAGAUGAGGGAGACUGAGGAGCUCAUAGGGGACAAGAAGAUAAUCCUGGAAAAGCUGAUGGACCAGGAUGCAGAAGAACCCGAGGCAGAACUGGUCGAUGAGAGCUCAGUGAAGAAAAUGAUCCUGACCUUUGAGAAGAGGUCAUACAAAAACCAGGAACUAAGGAUUAAGUUUCCAGACAAUCCAGAAAAGUUCAUGGAGUCGGAGCUUGAUCUGAAUGACAUUAUCCAGGAAAUGCAUGUGAUUGCUACGAUGCCAGAUCUCUACCACCUGCUGGUGGAGCUGAACGCCGUCCACUCACUACUGGGCCUCCUCAGUCAUGAAAAUACUGAUGUCGCCAUAGCCGUGGUGGACCUGCUGCAGGAGCUGACAGAUAUUGACACACUUCAUGAGAGCGAGGAUGGUGCUGAGGUACUCAUAGAUGCUCUGUUGGAGGGUCAGGUGGUUGCCCUGCUGGUGCAGAAUAUGGAGCGUCUGGACGAGCAGGUGAAGGAGGAGGCUGAUGGAAUCUAUAACACCCUCGCCAUCAUUGAGAACAUGGCAGAGUUCAGACCAGGCAUGUGCACAGAGGCUGCCCAGCAGGGACUGAUGCAGUGGCUGCUCAAGAGAAUCAAGGCAAAGAUGCCUUUUGAUGCUAACAAGCUUUACUGCAGUGAAAUCCUGGCCAUCUUGCUGCAGAACAAUGACAAUACCAGAGAACUACUGGGUGAGAUGGAUGGCAUUGAUGUGUUACUGCAGCAACUAUCUGUGUUCAAGCGUCACAACCCGUCCACAGCUGAAGAGCAGGAGAUGAUGGAGAACCUGUUUGACGCUCUGUGUUCCUGCCUCAUGCUGCCCUCCAAUCGUGACCGCUUUCUCAGAGGUGAAGGGCUUCAGCUGAUGAAUCUCAUGCUGAGAGAAAAGAAGAUGUCCCGAACCAGUGCUCUGAAGGUCCUGGACCAUGGAAUGAUUGGACCAGAGGGAACAGAUAACUGCCAUAAAUUUGUGGACAUCUUGGGGUUGCGAACAAUCUUCCCGCUUUUCAUGAAAACUCCUAAGAAGAUGAGAAAAACUGGUGUUUCAGAGCGGGAGCAUGAAGAGCACGUCUGCUCCAUCAUCGCCUCCAUGCUGAGAAAUCUCAAGUCCCAGCAGAGAAGCAGGCUCCUCAGCAAGUUCACGGAGAACGACUGUGAGAAGGUUGAUCGACUGAUGGAGUUGCAUUUUAAGUACCUCGAGGCUGUUCAACAGGCUGACAAAAGGAUUGAAGGAGAGAAACAUGAGAUGGUCCGUCGUGGGGAGAUCUUGGACGACAGCAUGGAGGAUGAGUUUUACCUUCGUCGUCUGGACGCCGGGCUAUUUGUUCUUCAGUUGAUCUGCUACAUUAUGGUGGAGAUCAGCAACUCAGGAAUCCCACAGCUUCAACAGAGGGUCCAUCAAAUUCUUAACCUAAGAGGAGGUUCUGUCAAAGUAGUGCGCCACAUCAUGAGAGAGUACGCCGAGAGCAUCGGAGAUGGAAAGAGCGAUGAGUUCAAAGAGGCCGAGCGGAAGAGGAUCAUGGACCUCGCAGACAACUUCUAAGCUCACUUCUUCUCUUGCAGACACUCACGCUUUCCCACCCUCAAACACGAAGAACCUCGGUGAUCAUCAAACCCAGAAAAUUAAUGAUUAAAUGAACAGAAACAGCUAAAAGCAUUCAGUAGAGGGAGAUAGGGUUUCAUGUGAGAAAGAAUUUAAAAUUACAGCCCUAAGUUAAUAAUAUCCUUUUUGUCUACUUGUCUAAGUCUUGUGUCAGAGAAUUGGUUCAGUUCCAAUGAAGAUGUUUACUGCAGACACAGUGGGAGUUGAGUUUGGAGGGCAGAAAAUUGUAUCUUGACUGAAACACCGAGCCAGCAAGACUACUCUCAGCAACAGUGCUGUUUAUUUACUGAACUCUGGUGUUGGACACUGCAGGAUAAUCAUGGACACAGAUUUUAAACUCAGAAAUUCCCCCCUCAAAGCUUUUUACCUGGCGAGUUUUUGUUUGGUCUGUUUUGUUUCUGUUUUUGUUUUUUAUAGAUUUAGGUGUAAAAUAUUUUCUAUUAAAAACAUUUGGUGAUGGAAUUCUGAUGGCCAUUUUGAUUUUGAUUAAAUGUCAUGUUUUACAGCGUGGGAUUGGCACAGCAAGCUGAUAACAGUCUGUGCACAUGAAUUUCAUUAUGCCCCCACUUGGUUACUGUUGCACGGACGCGCAGAUGGAGACAGCAAGCCUAUAUCUGCAGCCCCGUUCGCAAUAUUAGAAUCCUUGCGGAAAGGCAGACCUGCUUCUUCUUUACUUGUCUAAACCCACCCACGGAUGGAUCGCAGCAGCCUCCCGGAGCUCUCAGCCCACUGCUGUUUUUCGUUGGCGCUGAUGCUGUUCACGCACAUCAGUGAGGAGGUGGAUUACAGUACAGCUGUGUACACAAACAGACCUACUGCAUUAUUGUCUCUGUCUUGUCCGCCAGGCUGCAUCUUUGUUUGGGAGGAAAAAAACCUGUUAUGAAUUACAUGUUAACUGAGAGAGAAUAUCAGCCUAGUAUCAUCAUUAUCUUAUAAGAGUAAUUUCUAUAUAAAGACUGAAUUUACGCUUUGGUGACAGUGGGAAGGAAAAACUCAAUUUUAACAGGAAGAAACAUCAAGCAGAGCCAUGCUCCGGGAUAGGCAUCCAUCAGCCUGCCACUGGUUGGGGAUGAGGGGAAGGAGGCAGGACAAAAGACACACUGUGGAAUAAAGUCAGAUUAGAAUAAUUAAUGAUUUAAUGCAGAGUUGUGUAUAAACACAUGGGAAUCCCCCAGAAACCUAGGCCUAUUGCAGCAUCCCUAAGGGAGGAUACAGGGUCACCCUAAUUAUUAUUAAGUUUCAUCAAAAAGGAAAGUUUUUAGCUUAUCUUAAAAGCAGAAAGGGUGUCUGUCUCCCUAAUCCAAACUGGGAGCUGGUUUCACAGAAGAGCAGCCUGAAAGCUCUCCCUCUUUCUUCUUUGUAAUACGUUAGGAACUACAAGUAAGGCACGAGUCUGAGAGUGAAGUGCUUCAUUGGGCUGAUUGAAAAUAAAAUUAAAUACAAUCAUUUUGUGUUAUUGAACGCAAAUACUGGACAUGUUUUUUUUUUUUUUCCUUCAUAGGUGCAGAGGCAGAAGUAUAAGUGAUGAACUGUGUUAGACUUGUGCAGGACUCGAUUAUGGUCAUUGCUGAGUCGGGUCACACACCAAUUUUAGAUUUUAGCUGAGGAUUCUUAAAUCUAAAAUAUCCAUCUUCAUACUAGCUUUAUACUUGAUAGAUGUUGGGAAGCAGGUGUUACGUCUAGUUAUAUCUUGUUGAAUUAAGUUGGUUAAAUCUACAAAGAGCAAUAAACCUCAGAGCCAAAUUUAUUUAGAACAUUAAUACAAUUGCAUAUGGUUGUGUCCCAUCUGAGCCUAUUAAGAGAUUUAUAUGACGCAGUUAUGUCAGGUUUCUGUCAAAACACUCAGUUAGGGCUCAAAGAUCAGAGCCUGUUCUUAUCACAGGUAAAGAUUUCUGUGCAUCUGAACCAUAGAUGAUGACGAUUAAAUAUUAAGAUUAUUUGCAGAUCCUGAAUCUAAACCAUUUGACUGUGGAGCACGGAAAGUGCUUUUCUACCUUGAAAGGUUCAUUUUUUUUUUUU